AUGCUGAGGCGGCUGCGGCGGGCGCGGCCCGCGGGCCCCGCGGAGCCGGCGCUGGCGGAGGCGCUCAAGGCGCUGUACCGGGCCAAGCUGCUGCCGGCCGAGCGCGCCUACGGGCUGGGCGCGCUGCCCGCGGCGCUGCAGGACGCGGAUUUCGAGGCCAAGCCCAUGGUGCUGGUGACCGGGCAGUACUCGAGCGGAAAAACCUCCUUCAUCCAGUUCCUGCUGCAGCAGGAGGUGCCCGGGGCGCGCGUGGGGCCCGAGCCCACCACGGACUCGUUCGUGGCCGUGAUGCACGGGCCGAGCGAGGGGCUGAUCCCCGGGAACGCGCUGGUGGUGGAUCCCCAAAAACCCUUCCGGCAGCUGGACCCCUUCGGGAACGGCUUCCUCAACAGGUUCUUCUGUGCCACGAUGAACAAUCCGGUGCUGGAGAGCAUCACCCUGAUCGACACCCCCGGGAUCCUGGCGGGGGCCAAGCAGAGGGUCUGCAGGGGCUACGACUUCCCGGCCGUGCUGCGCUGGUUCGCCGAGCGCGCCGACCUGGUGAUCCUGCUGUUCGACGCGCACAAACUGGAGAUCUCGUCCGAGUUCUCGGCGGCGCUGGCGGCGCUGCGCGGGCAGGAGGAGAAGCUGCGCGUGGUGCUGAACAAGGCGGACGCGGUGGGCGCGCAGCAGCUGAUGCGCGUCUACGGGGCGCUGAUGUGGGCGCUGGGGCGGGCGCUGGGCGCGCCCGAGGUGCCGCGGGUGUUCAUCGGCUCCUUCUGGGCGCGGCCGCUGCGCAGCGCCGAGAACCGGCGGCUGCUGGAGCUGGAGGAGCGGGAGCUGCUGCGGGAGAUCCGCGAGCUGCCGCGGAACGCGGCGCGCAGGAAGGUCAACGACAUGGUGAAGAGAGCGCGGCUCGUCAGGCUCCAUGCCCUGAUCCUGUCCCGGGUUUCUGGGGGUUCCCAUGGAUUUUGGGGUGACCCAGGCCAGCAGAGCAGCAGCCCCCAGACCCCAGAGAGCCCCCAGAGAGACCCCAGGGGAGGCAGCAGCAGCCCCAGGGCCCAGCUCACCUUCUGGGCCCCGGAGAAGGCGUGGUAG